GAGCUGAAAGGAGGGCUGACUCAGAGGGAAGGUGCGGCUAAGGUUCCUCCUCACGGGUUUGACAGCUCAGUUCUGCCAUUUAAAACACACAUACAUAGAUACACCGGGCACACAGGCACACACACACACACACACACAUACACACAGCAACACAAACAUGGCAGUGACGCUCGGCAGCUACUCCGUGUCUGUGCUCGGGAUAAGCCUGUUGAUCGCGGCUGUCACCUACCUCACGUACCGGCUGCUCAGCGACUACCUGCACAAAUGGUUUGUGAUGAAGCCCAUCCCGCAGCCGGCGGGGACGUAUCCCUUCAUCGGGAACGCGCAUCAGUUCAAAACCAACGCAGGCGAUUUCUUUCGGCAGAUUGAGGAUUUAACAAUUGAGUUCAGUGGCGAGCCACUGUUUAAACUCUGGAUCGGACCGGUGCCGUUUCUCAUUCUGUUCCACGCGGAAACCGUUGAGGCAAUUCUGACCAACACUGUCCACAUGGAGAAAUCCUAUUCAUACACCUUCCUCCACCCGUGGCUUGGAAAGGGCCUUCUUACAAGCACCGGGAACAAGUGGCGCCAGCGACGAAAGAUGCUGACCCCCACCUUCCACUUCUCCAUCCUGACGGACUUCCUGGACGUGAUGAACGAGCAGGCGGCCGUCCUGGUGGAGAAGCUGGAGAAGCAGGCGGGGAAGGGCGAAUUCGACAGCUUCAGCCACAUAACCCUGUGCGCGCUGGACAUCAUCUGUGAAACCGCAAUGGGAAAGAAGAUUCACGCCCAGAGCCACUCGGACUCGGAGUACGUCAAGAGCGUGUACAAAAUGAGCGACAUCGUGAGCCGCAGGCAGAGGACGCCGUGGUUUUGGCCCGACUUUGUGUACAACUGCUUCGGCGAGGGGCGGGAGCACGACCGCACGCUGAAGAUCCUGCACUCCUUUACACACAAAGUGAUACAAGAAAAAGCGGCGAGCGUCUCCGCCGGGGAUCCGGACAGCGACUCGGAACAGGGCGCCAAGAAAAGGCCGGCCUUCCUGGACAUGCUGCUGAAGACCACGUACGACGACGGCAGCAGGAUGAGCCACCGGGACAUCCAGGAGGAAGUGGACACCUUCAUGUUUAGGGGACACGACACGACGGCGGCCUCCAUGAACUGGGCCGUGCAUCUGCUGGGCUCCCACCCCGAGGCGCACAGCAAAGUGCAGCAAGAGCUUCAGGAGGUGUUCGGCUCCUCCGACCGGCCCGUUACCAUGGAGGACCUGAAAAAGCUCAAGUACCUGGAGUGUGUGAUCAAGGAGGCGCUGAGGCUGUUUCCCUCUGUGCCUUUCUUUGCCCGCAACAUCGGGGAAGACUGCCACAUCAACGGCUUCAAGGUGCCCAAAGGCGCCAACGCCAUCAUCGUGACCUACGCCGUCCACCGGGACCCGCGCUACUUCCCCGAGCCCGACGCGUUCCGGCCCGAGCGCUUCCUGCCGGAGAAUUCGGCGGGGCGGCCUCCGUACGCCUACAUCCCCUUCUCCGCCGGGCUCCGCAACUGCAUCGGUCAAAGGUUUGCGCUCAUGGAGGAGAAGGUGGUCCUGGCGGCCAUUCUGCGGAACUUUAACAUCGAGGCGUGCCAGAAGCGGGAGGAGCUGCGGCCGGUGGGGGAGCUCAUCCUGCGGCCGGAGAACGGCAUCUGGAUCAAACUGGAAAAGAGGAAAAGCCAGACUUAAAAUUCGAAAUCUGCACCUGCAGCCGCUGCGCUUUACAAAAGCUUUUUGCUAAUUUAAUCUUCCUAUUUAAAAAAAAAAAAAAAAAAACGAAGAAAAAAAAAAGCCCAGCCCUCCAAGUUCAAGUGGGCGUGGGCAGUGCGAUGGCCUCUAAAUGGCCCCUUAUCGGGGAGAGUUGAAUGACCGCUGGGUUUGAUUUGAAAAAUCUUAUCAUCGUAGUGUCCAUAGUCGCAGUAGUCGUAGUGUAAAAGCUGCGACAGAAAAAGAUAAUUGUAGGUAUCGGGAUUCUGUGAUUUACUAAUCUCAGCUCUAAGGUCAACCGCUCUGCACAGCCCAAACAAAGUUCAAAAGUAACUGUGGAAAUUAUAUUUGGCUACAAGCAGCCAAGAAUGAUGAUGAAAAGUAUUUGGUUGUUCUAAAACAUGUCAACUGAUUGAACAUUCGCUGAUCGGAUGCAUCAUUCAUCAACGUCAUCCACUUUCUAGGCUUUUUAAUAGUCGCAAUUUUUAAUUUAAACAAGAACGUGCUUGAAAUGCCUCCUGAAGUUUUUCAGUUGUACUCAUGAUGAAGGUGAGAUUACACAUAUUUUUUAUGUAAUAAAAGCUUUACUCUUUAGUGAUGCAAAGCAGCGACUGUUAACUGAACGUUAAAUUUCAAAUUUUCUUCAUGUCGUAUUACCUCACACUGCAUCUCAUGUAUGUUCAAGCCUCUCUCUUUUUGUCGUGGACAUGAAGGAGGCUUCGUGCAACUGAAGUAAUGCAAAGUUAAAGAGACUGAAACGGAUUUAAUCAAGAGUGUAACUUCAAGGGACCAAACUUGCCUUCAGUACAUUUUAACGACCUUUCACGUAUAUAGCUUCUCCUUCCCUCUGAUGAUAUGAGAAUCCAUUCAGGUUCAUAAUUGCAAUAAGCCCGAACUCCUUCAGCCACUGAAUCCCAUUGAGGUCAGAGUGAUCCAUUCGGACAAAGUGGUAAUAAUAGCAUGACACACUUCCAAAUGACCCCCAUCUGUAAUGUCACCAGAUGAGCCAACACCAGAACCAGAGGCCUGAGAUGAUGCUAUUAUUUGAAGUAUUGAGCACAUCUGUAAUCAAUGGGAGAGCCGGAGCUCCAACUGGAGAAGGAGGAGUGCGUUUGUCUGAGGGAUCGUAAUCAAUGGCUUGUGUUAGAAGAGCUCGGGGUCUGCAGCGUGGUGGAUUUCAAGAAAAUAUGCAGAUGGUUUUUGAUAAGGCGUCAAAUAAAUAAUGUUUGUGAAAACGACAGUGUGGCUGGAGACAAUUGAACAUUUUCUCGUGUUAUAUCAGAGUUUGUUAGUGACUUAUCUUCGGCAAAUGUUCUCCGGGGAGAUACUUUUAUUCCUCUAACGUUUGAUUUAUCUAUUUUUUUUUCUUCGCCUGUGUCAAAUCUUCUGCUUCAGAAUACAUUUAUUUCAUAGCCACCAUUGUAGAAAAUCAACUGUUGAUUUGCUGAAGGACAAACACAACACAAAAGACACGAAAGACGUGAAUCCGCCUUUAACGUCAGAUGCACAGACCCCCCC